CCCAUCGCCUACAGCCGCCCCGAACCUGGCCAUGGGGAACGUGCCAUCCGCGGUGAAGCACUGCCUCAGCUACCAACAACUUCUCCGGGAGCAUCUCUGGAUCGGGGAUUCAGUGGCAGGGGCGUUCGAGCCCGCGCAGGCUCCAUGAAGGGUGUUUUGUCUGUUCACUGCUAUAUUAUAGAGCUCAUCAAAUGAAUGGACAAAAGAAAGUUCAGCUCAUCAUUACUCCCAGAAUUCCAUGGGGCCUUUAGAAUCAUCCCAGCCAUCUGGACUCCCUGAAUAUGUGAAAAUAGUAGAAGUUGGACCUAGAGAUGGAUUGCAGAAUGAAAAGAUUAUAGUUCCUACAGAUAUAAAAAUUGAAUUUAUCAAUCAACUUUCCCAAACUGGCUUGCCUGUAAUAGAAGUGACAAGCUUUGUGUCUUCCCGAUGGAUACCACAGAUGGCAGAUCACACUGAAGUGAUGAAGGGCAUUCGUCAAUAUCCAGGAAUUCGAUAUCCUGUCCUUACUCCUAAUCUUCAGGGUUUCCACCGUGCUGUUGCUGCUGGAGCCACUGAGAUCUCCGUUUUUGGUGCUGCCUCUGAACCCUUUAGCAAGAAGAAUAUUAACUGUGCUAUUGAAGAAAGUAUGGAGAAGUUUGAGGAGGUCGUUAAGUCUGCAAGACACAUGAAUAUUCCAACACGAGGGUAUGUAUCCUGUGCCCUGGGCUGUCCAUAUGAAGGAAACAUCACACCGCAGAAAGUAACAGAAGUGUCUAAGAGAUUGUAUGGCAUGGGCUGUUACGAGAUUUCCCUGGGAGACACAAUUGGAGUGGGAACUCCAGGAAGCAUGAAGAGGAUGCUGGAAAGUGUCAUGAAAGAAAUCCCACCCAGGGCUCUUGCUGUUCACUGUCAUGACACAUACGGACAAGCCUUAGCAAAUAUCCUUACGGCCCUUCAGAUGGGGAUUAAUGUGGUGGAUUCUGCAGUAUCCGGAUUAGGUGGUUGCCCUUAUGCAAAAGGUGCUUCUGGGAACGUAGCCACUGAGGAUUUGAUCUACAUGCUUAAUGGCCUGGGGGUCAAGACAGGUGUGAAUCUUUACAAAGUGAUGGAAGCUGGUGACUUCAUCUGCAAAGCUGUGAAUAAAACUACAAACUCUAAAGUAGCACAAGCCUCAUUCAACGCUUGACUUGAAUGCAUUUGUGAGUUAAGGCUGAGAAGCUCCAUUUCAGCUACAGAUACUCAACUGAAAAUCAUUACUGCCAACUUGUUCUGAAAUGUGAAGUAAUAGACAAGAGUGGGGGAAAAAAAGAGAUACUUUGAAAAAGAGUAGGCUGGAUAGAUUACAGAAAUUGACUGGAAGAUACACCAGUCAUCAGGUGAAUUGCAAGCCGGGGCUAAAUAAUAAAAUUUGUGGACAUGCUUUGAACUUGGAGAAAAGUCUACUCUUUUGCUCUUAUAGAAAUAACUUUUUAAUUUAGUCGACGUGAAAAUUGACUUCAGAUUUCCCUAAGUAUCAAAAACUGUGUUAAUACUUAAUCAAGCUGGCUUAGCACAGCAUACAUAUCAUCAGUAGUUUAUGAGCUCCUGCAUGGUGUGCAAAGUGUGUGGCCUCCAUAUUAUACGUUAUGUGCCUCUGGAUCUCAACUUCCCAUUUGCCAAGUCAGUUAAAUUAUAGACCAAGUGCCAAAUCUCCAUCUGACCCUACAUAAUUUUUAGCGAUAGAACUUUUAUAUUUCAAGUAUGCUAACAUCUGUUAAUUAUUUCAGUGGCUUUAUCUUGUUCCAGGAGGCUGUGGUCAGUGACAAGUUGCCACACCCUAGAAACAUAUUACCUUCCAUGUUUGUCACAUGCAUCCAGUUUACCUUGCUUUCCCUCUCAUCAGCUGUAGUGAAAACCAGGAGCAUGUUACUCGGCUAUUGAGAAAUAAGAGGUACAACUUUCAUCCCAAUGUCUAAGUUGCAGUGAUGAGAAUAGAGUGAUACAUGUACUUUUAUCAUUUUCAGCUCACUUCCAAAUUGUCCAAGAAAUGUCACUGUGAUCCUAAGAAUAUUAAGGCAGUUAUUAAAAUUCAUGAAAAGAAACAACUUUUCCAUUGAUUCAGUUUGAUUAAAUCACAUCUGUUUGGGGUUGACUUUUUAUGGUUAUUUUUAAUGUUGAAGUGGCUGAAAUUUUAUCUUUUGUAAUAGCAUUGCCAGAAAUAGCAAAAAUUAAUAUAUCAAAGUUGAGAAGAGGCACAGGACGGCUAUGUUAAGAAAGAAACAUUUCUGUAACCUAUGCAGAUCAUAUGGGGACAGUAUUAUUCCAUGUGGAUCUGAAUCGUCAGUUUUAUUAUUUAUGUAGACUUCUCCAAGGAUACUGGGUGAUCUUAUCUUUGAAUAAAUUUGAAUAGAAUUUGAAAUAUGAAAGUGAGCAUUGUGAGCUUUCUGUUAAAUAUUCAUCAAAACCACAGAAAUAAAUUCAAGAAAAUAAGAGAAGUACUGAUUAUACCUACAUUAACUUUAAAGAUACACAAUCAUAAGAAAAGGAUCACAAGGGAAGCAUAUUGGAAAUUGACAAAAACUAAGUUCCUACGGAUAAGGCUAAUGCUCAGGUCAUGACGGGUGACAGAGCAGGAGCUUGUCAUCAGAACUGAAUGACUCCUUGCAUUUGGGUUAGUGCUGGGGCAGGGUCAGUGCAGAGAGCAAGCAAAAUUGCGGCUCUUUGUGGAUCUGUUACAUCAUCUCUUUUCAGGAAGAACAUGGCACUGCACCCAGGGGCAGGAAUGGGACACGUGCCCUAGUGUGCACAGUAGGAUACCUACCCAUCUUCUAAGGAGACUGACUUUUCCUCUCUCUUAUGCAACUGUGGAAUUCUUAGUUUUGAGAUGUUCGGCAAAGCAUCAGUUGAUGCAAACUGCUUAUAGAAACAGUGAAAGGCAAAACUUUGUUGUUUAGAAAUAAAAACCACGGACUCUCCAAAAGGCAGAGCAAGUCGUGAGAACCCCAGGUGCAGCCUAGCACACACUUACAUGGCACACACAUCAGUCUACCAGUUCAUAUCCCAGAACACCUGGAAGAUUCCUAAUCACACGCAUCACAGGAAAAGUUUGUGUUUUAGGUAUGUUAUCCUUUCUCCACCCAAACCAUCUAAACCCUUCUGCUAACUUAAAGAGAGUUUCUUUUCUGGUUUUGGGGGAAAAAAAAUCACAUAAUCAAUAAAGCUGCCUGAAGUCCAUAGGCAGAAUCCCCUCAAAGCUAUGUUUCCACUAACUAGGAAACUUUGGAAUUGUUGUAGGACCUACCCAAACAACCCACCCACACAUAAACCCACACCAGGGUUUGCCCUGGGUGAAAGCUUAGGAAUGGCAAAGCAAUUAUGAAAUACAUAUAGAAGUAAACUUUUAUGACAUCUGCCCUUUAAGACUACUGUAAAACGUAGAAAUUUUCUAAAUUCUGGAUUCAUGAAAUUCAUAAAGCAAAGAAAUGGAAACUGCCUAUGACUUGCUGAGAAAAUUCAGAAUGCCCUUUUAUGUUAUUUAUUCUGAUCACUAUAACAUUUAAUAAAUACCCUUUUAGCUACACUUAUAUGGCUAUUCAUUUCUAUUUAUGUGCAUGAACUCCAGACAUGCAAGUGACAGGUUACUUAGCAUUGAAUACAUAAGCCACCAAUAUCCCUAUCACAGCAGUAAAGGAGAAAUAAAAUAAGGCCUGGGAACCCUCCAGAAAUCUGUAUCAAAUAGGCACGUGAAGACUUGCUGUGAAUACCCAUAAUUGUUUGCAAAGUGCCUUUGUGGACUAGAAGAUAGAAGUUUUAUGCUUGUGUGGGGCAGGUCUAAAAGUUAAAAAGGAAUAGUUUUGGAGGUAUAGAGCUCGGGAGGAAAGCGGGGGCUAGGGAGGAAGGCAGGGAGGAGGGAUGCAAGAUGGAAGGAGGAGGAGACGGUGGGGAGAGAAGGAGGGAGAGAAAGAGAGGGUUGAGAAACUGUAUUUACGUCCUGCCUGUGAGCAGCUCCAGUGGAAGGCAUCUCCUGCUCUGGUAGAAGCACCAGUUAGGCUGCAUUAAACUGCAGACAAUAGAAAACCUCAACUCCAUGGGCUUAAACAGCAACAGUUUUCUCAGAUAUCUCAGAAAUAUUGCUUUUCCACCAUCAUUUAGCUUCGUGACUCAAUUAUGUUACAAGAUAAGAGUUUCUGCCCAUUUCCCUGUUGGCACCUUUGGGUUCCUGCACCUGGGAGUUGCAAGAUGGUUGUAGCACUUCUGGGCGUCACCCUUCCCACAGGGCUCAGCCUCUGCUGAAGGCUUUUUCUUCUGGAAUGCCUGUUUUUAAUCAAUGAAGAGCGUUUCCCCCACCCCAUCCCAAACUUCCUCUCCUGUUUCACUGGGCAGAACAUCAUCAUGUGCCCCUCCCUUAACCACUUAUGUGCGGAAAAGACCAUUAGGAUACACAAGCCAAGGUUAUGGGUGACCUUGAGUGGAUCCGUGCAGUGGUGGGGAAAGAGAACCCUGUAGGAGCACGUUUCCUGGUGAGACAGGGUGGGAGAAUUGAAGGCAGAAGAGCUCACACCUCUCAGGAAGGAGAUGUAUCCAAGUUCUCUGAAACUGGAGGAAUGGAUGGAAAUAGAAAAAGUUUCAAACGUGAGAGGAAUAGGUUUUAAGGAGAAAGUAGUCCAUCUUGCUAAUUGGUCUCUAUAUUUUUCAGGAAGGUAGGAAGUGAGAUCUGCGAGCAUUACAACUGGGGGUGGAGUGAGGGCUUGAGAAGAAUGGUAAUGUGUGAAACCCACCCAGAGCAGUAUUACAGGUUAACGUACUCUAAAAAAUAGUACAAAUGAACUUAUUUACAAAAACAGAAACAGACUCACAGACAUAGAAAACAAACUUAUGCUUACCAAAGGGGAAAGGUGUGUGGGGGGGGAUAAAUUAGGAGUUUGGGAUUAACAGAUGUACACUACCAUAUGUAAAAUAAAUAAGCAACAAAGAUUUACUGUAUAGCACAGGGAACUAUAUUCAAUGUCUUACAAUAACCUAUAAUGGGAAAGAAUAGAAAAAAAAGAAUAUGGAUAUAUACAUAUAUACGUAUGACAGAAUCACUUUGCUGUACACCAGAAACUAACAAUAUUGUAAAUCAACUAUACUUCAAUUUAAAACAAAAGAAGUUAACUUACUCUGUAACAGUUUUCCAGGGGCUGUUAUGUGCUAAAUCUAAGUCCACUUCCUGGUCCUCAUGCGACCUUUACACCUGUGUUCCACACACUCUCCCCUCUUGAAGCACUUCUUGAUUUCUGUGGCCCUGCUCUCUCCUGGGUCCUACUACAUCCUUGGUCCCAGGUUCUACCACCUCUUUCAUUGUUUGGUCUCCUUCUUCUCUCUAUUGUGUUUAACUAGAGACUCACAAAUGCAAAAUUGCUUACACCCCGCCCCCUCAUCCAAAUGUGUUCCGUGGCCAGCAGGUUUGUCAUCACCUGGGAGCUUUUGGGAAAAGCAGAAUCUGGGGCUCCACUCCAGACUGACUGCAUCACCAUCUGCAUUUUUAACAAGAUCCUUGCAGGACUCAUAUGUUUAUUACAGUUUGAGAAGCACUUGCCACCUCCUCUCGGGUAUCUAACAGGUAUUGGAAGCUCCAUGUAUUCCAGGUACCUUGUGGCACUUCCCCUUGUGUGUUGUGUCCUAGCCUGUUGUCUUUGCUCCUGGAACAAGUCAGCCUGGGACCCAUUGCAGGUCCUUUACCUGGUUAUUCUCUCUUCCAGUCAUGGGUCAUGCUCCUUCCCUGGCUGUGAUUUCUGGUCACUCAGGUCCUGACAGCAUAAAUAUCACCUCCUUAGUGAGUCUUCCCAGACAACUCCAACUAAAGUAAGGCUUUAGUUACUUUUUCUCACAUCAACUUGUUUCAUUUAACUUUUUACUUGUUUAUUUAACUCUCUACUUGUUUAUUUAGUUGUUUAUUUUCUUUCUUUCCCCAAGAAAAUACACGCUCUAAGAGGGCAGGGUCUUUGCUGUGUUUAACAUUCUUACUUCCUUAGGGCCUGGAGUAAUAGCUAUCUAUUACAUGGUGGUUAGGUGGAAAAAUAAAGAUAGAAAUGAGUUAAUUUCAAACAAGAAGAAGGGGAGUAUGUGACACAAAUGUCACAUCCCCUGCCAGCUUCCUCCCCUGGACUCUGUUUCCUGGCAAGAUCCAAUUGAACAGGCUUGUCAUCAGGAUUUCUCCAGGAUGCUUGGAUCGGAGAGAGAUUUCACCAAUUUUCUAUACGUGAUAUCCCUCAAGCUUAUUAUAACAGCAUAUUAAAAUAUACACAUCAAUUGUGAGAGGGAGACACUGACCCUAAUGCUCAGCGCCAGAAGAGAGGAGGUGUACUGGACUUACUGCCCAUCCAUCUGUCCUGAGUUGUCUUUGGCAUCAUCUGAUCUAUUACUUAACCACUGUGCAACCUCAGUUGAUUUACCAAUCCCUUUAAACAUCACUUCAAAACUCACUUCCUUUACAUACAAAACUUGGAUGAUAAUGACACUUAUUUACACAGCUGUUGGAAGGAUUUCAUGAAAUAAUGCUUACAAAGUGCCCAUAAGUGGUCAAUAAAUGUUAACUAUCAUCAUUUUUAUUGCCCCUUUCUAGGGCACUGCCCUGGAGUGGAACUCCUCCUCCCUUAUGAGUGGUUUAACCCUCAUGGAGGCUCUCAUAAAAGAUCAUCCUGUAUUCUGUUCCAUGAAAAGGGUGCAUUGUCUUAAAAGGCCUGCCAUGAUCCCAAAAGAGACAGCUCACCAUUAAACCCCAGAACCAUGUAAUCUUAAAUUGGCACCAAAUUUCCAUGCUUCACUUCUUACACUGCGUCAUUGAACUAUGCCUUUUGAGCUGACUUUUCUGUAUUUCAUGGGACUGUAGUUACUGUAGAAACUUACUAUGAGACUUAUGCUGAGUAACCCUGUCUAAAGAACAUCUUAACAGCCUUAGUCUCCAUAUCCUGAAUCACUUAAAGACAGAAAUAUCACAAACAUUAGGAAUUUAUUCCUACUCUUUUGAUGGUUGCAUGAUUGGAUUGGUAUCUAUUGCCACCUUAGAGCUGCCAGUGUUUCCUUGGUGGGCUAUCCAAUUAGGCAGACUUCUCUUUUCUCCUUGUUCUAUAGAAUAUCAUUCUGUAUGCUUCGAUCAUGAAGUCAUGAGCUUUGCUGAAAAAGACUAUUCUUUGGUUCCAUGGGAGCCAUCCAUCCUCUGACCUGAGCCAUAGUAUCAAGCUUAUGUGGCUUAGGGAAAGGCUUAUACCCUUCUAGGAAUCAAAUGGUAAUAUCUCACAACUUCUGGUAACUGUUUCAUCUGAACUUUCCUUUCUACAGCUAGUUCUUUAAGAUCAUUGGUAAAGUAGACCAACAACAUGUCACGGCUAACCACACCAUUAUCCUGAGUCAUCUGAAUCCUGAAGAGCUGUCUCUCAAUCAGAUAGUUUCACGGUAGCCCCUCUCUAUCUGUACAUGGAUGCUAAUAUAGUGGAUUGUUGGGCAGAUAUUCUGGAAGCUUUCUGAGAAGCACCACCUGCUUUUCUUUUUUCCCCCAAGAGCUUCAUCUAGAUGUAACUGGAUCAUCUGGGAGUCAGCUGAUAAAAUUCAUAUUCUGAAUGUGUGUAUGUUCCAAAGUAGAGGGGAAGCAAUGAAAUUGGAAUACCAGUGUCUGGCUCUUUCUUUUUUCUUUGUUUCUUUGUUCCUUCCUUCCUUCCUUCCGAAAAUAGUUUAUUUGGAAAUAUUUCCAUUUUUAGAUUUAUUUUUGCUGAAAACAAUGUAUGGCCCCCCAUAAAAACUUCCUAUCUUCUCACUAUAAGACAACAUUGGAAAAUGACCCCUUCACUUUGUCUAAAAACCUUACAACAAGAACCCCAGUAGUUUUCUUUUUAAAAUUCAUUUGCUUAAAAUAUAAAAGUCCAAUUUCUUCUGGUAACUUUGUAAGAAUAACUGACAUACACAUGGCAGCCACCUAGUGAAUUUCAAUAAAACCUUUUCUAUGAAAUUGGUGGAUGGGACUUAAAACCUCAGUCAUGAUUUUGUAAGUUUAGCCCUGGGUGCAUUUCUGUUUCUAGUCACCUAUCUUUGGUAGCUUGCUUUCUUUCCCUCCCAACUUUAUUGAGACAUAAUUGACAUGUAACAUAGUGUAAGUUUAAGAUGUACAAUGAGGUGACCUGAUGCACAGAUAUAUUACAAAAUGAUCACCACCAUGGUGUUAAUUAAUACCUCCACAAUGUCACAUAAUUCCCAUUACAUUUUUAUGAUGAAAACAUUUACAGUCUACUCUCUUAGCAACUUUGAAGUAUAUAAUAUAGUAUUAUUAAGCUCAUAAGUACACAGAACAGGUUGGUGGUUGCCAGAGACAGGGAAUGGGGAGUGGGCAGAAUGGGUAAAGGGGGGUCAAAAGUCACAAACUUCCAGUUAUAAAAUAAGUAAGUCAUAGGGAUGUAAUGUACAGGAUGGUGACAGUAGUUAAUAAUACUGUAUUGCAUAUUUGAAAAUUGUUGAGACUAGAUCUUAAAAGUCCUUAUCACAAGAAAAAAAUUGUAAUUAUGUAUAGUGAUGGAUGUUAGCUAGAUUUAUUGUGAUAACUAUUUUGUAAUAUACACAAAUAUUAAAUCAUUGUAUUGUACAACUGAAACUAAAAUGUCAAUUAUACCUCAAUAAAAAAAUAAUAAGUA